AUGUCGCGACUGCCGUCCGACUCGUUCCUGCCCUCAGGCGGCAUGUUUGACCACAACGACCCGUCCGGCUUCUAUCGCGGCAACGACGUCUCACCUUUGUCCCUCCCACACGCCCUCCACCACGCUCCGGGCCAGCAGUACUUCGACACUCUUGCACAGCGCAUCGCCGCGCACCCGGCGUCGAUACCCGUCCCCAACAGUCGCUCCUCCCGUCUGAGCCCCCCCGCCUCAGAUCUCGACAAGAGGACACGCAGUCUGUCUCCGUCCAGGCACUCCUCGUCACAGGCCUGGAUCGGCUCCCCCUCCAUCUCCGCCGUCAGCAACGCCUCGCUUGCGACCUCGCCCGACAACAGCCUUGAUGCGUCAGCGUUGGCCCUCCAGCUGCGACGCGUCACCUUGCAGAACCGCAGGCUUCUCGAGAACUGGGAGGCGGAACGUACACACCUAGAGGCGAACCGAGCCCGGGCCGAGGAGGUGUAUCGCGAAGAGCGCGAGAUCAUGGACGAGGAGCGCGACUUGUGGAUGCAGCAGAGGACGAACCUCGAACUCAAGAUUAUCGAGCUGGAGCAGAGAGCCCAACUGGCCGAGACCCAGUGUGAUACCUUGGCCCGCCAGCUUGAUUUCAUGAGCAAGCAAGCUCGCGCCUCAUCAAAAGCACAAAGCCCAAGCGGGACUUCUCGCACAUCUUCCAAGAACCAGAACCGGAGUGCGUCCACGAGCCCUUCGGCCAGCGGCAGUGCCUCCAUAAAGUUCCUCAGCCCUAAAGACGGCAUCUCCCCACUGACCGGCAAGCCGUUUGCCGGCACAGGUGUCACUAUGCCCGAGUCAAAACCUUUCAUUCCGCUGGAUCCUCGGAUGCAAGGCCCUUCACCAGGCUCCGGAUCUCCCAACGAGUGCCCUUCUCAGGUCCCAUCGAUCGACGUGAGCGAGGUUGUGCCGCAGCUCGAAGGCAUCCGUCUCAAGCAGCCCACACUCGAGAAGCCGACCUUCACCAUCGUCGAGCCACCGUCGUGCUCUCCGCCCGCAGCCAAGGCCAGCAGUCCCUCUGCUGGAUCACCUGCUGGAUCACCUGGCAGCAAGGCGCGCACUUCUCCCGUCGAGAGAGCAAUUCAGGCUCUACAGGCGCCCGAGGCGAGCAGACUCACCAUGCACGCCGGCCACACACCGAAUCAUUCCAUGUCCUUCUCCAAGCUGCCGACCUUGAUGUCCACAGCCACAGCCAAUACAGCUGGCUCGUCUGGCGCAGUCACACCAAAUGAGGGGAAUGUCGAGAUGGCAGGCUCUGGUCUGGGUAAGCCGGCCGCCGGCGCUUUCGAGAUCGUGCCGUCACACGGAGAGGACGCGCAAGCCGUCUCCGAGGACCCUCAUGCUAUUUUCGAGCCUAGUGAGGGCGAUCGGCCCUUGACGGGUACCACGCACCUCAUGAACCGGCCGGCUGUCGACGAGCCUUUCCUUCAGCUGCUAUCGGAGAAACUGCAAAGCGUCGACCCUACUCCGACGGUCGUCCGCAACACUCUGUCAGAGGAAGCCGAGGCCGAACUCACGCGGCAGACUCCAGCGCCUGCCCCUGCUGCAGAUGUCCCAGCUAGCAAGGAAGAUGCGACAGACACGCCGGAAGCGCCCGAGCAGAUCGAGGAAGACAUUCCUCUCAAGUUCAAGACGGGCAGCAACUUUGGCCUUCCUUUCGGCGAUCUUGGUUCUUUGGGCAAACACUAG